GUUUCCGUGGUCACCAGAAAAUCGGUUCGCCGCUUGUUUCCUGUUGCAGCAAGGAGAGCGGCGGCGUCGAGGCAGACCGGGACGACUUAACACCAUCACCUACACAACAUCCACAAUACGAUGAAACUAUCAGCAAUAUUACCCUUUCUCUGUGACCGUAUCAUCUGCAUUACACUGCUGGUGAUGGGCCUCUCCACCCCUGGACAAGCAGAAAUCACUAGUUUGGACUCAGGCAACAUUGAUGACGUUCUUAACAAUGCUGGGGUUUCCUUAGUAAACUUUUAUGCAGACUGGUGCAGAUUUAGUCAGAUGCUCCAUCCCAUUUUCGAGGAGGCAUCUAACAUCGUGCGGGUGGAGUUCCCCGAAAUGAAGCAGGUGGUGUUUGCGCGUGUUGACUGCGAUCAACAUUCGGAUAUAGCCCAACGCUACCGCAUCACCAAGUACCCCACGCUGAAGCUGUUUCGCAACGGGAUGAUGAUGAAGAGGGAGUACAGAGGUCAGAGGUCAGUGGCGGCCAUUGCCGACUUCAUACGCCAGCAGCAGGUGGACCCUGUAAAGGAGAUUCACUCGCUGGAGGAGCUGAAAGCCGUGGAUAGAAGCAAAAGGAACAUCAUUGGUUACUUUGACAAGAAGGACUCCGACAACUACCACUCUUUUGAAAAAGUUGCCAACAUUCUCCGAGAUGACUGCGUUUUCCUGGCUGCUUUUGGUUCCGCAUCCGAGUCAGAGCGCUUCAGCGGAGACAACGUCAUAUUCAAGCCGAUAGGGGAGAACGCUCCCGACAUGGUCUACCUCGGCUCCCUUACCAACUUUGACCUGACCUACGCUUGGGCCCAGGACAAGUGUGUGCCUCUGGUCAGGGAGAUCACCUUUGAAAAUGGAGAGGAGCUCACUGAAGAGGGGAUCCCGUUUCUCAUCUUGUUCCACCUCAAGGAAGACAAUGAGAGCUUGGAAAAGUUCCAGCACGAAGUAGCUCGUCAGCUCAUUAGCGAGAAAGGAUCCAUCAACUUCCUGCACGCAGACUGCGACAAGUUCCGCCAUCCUCUACUUCAUAUCCAGAAGACUCCUGCAGACUGUCCCGUUAUUGCCAUCGACUCCUUUAGGCACAUGUAUGUGUUUCCUGACUUCAAAGACCUCAAUAUUCCCGGCAACCUGAGACAGUUCGUGUUGGACCUGCACUCCGGCAAACUGCACAGAGAGUUUCACCACGGCCCUGACCCCACCGACAGCACGCCUGGACAGGAGGAGAUGGACGUGGCCAGCAACCCUCCAGAGAGCUCCUUCCAGAAACUGGCGCCCAGCGAGACUCGCUACACCAUCCUCAGACGGGACGAGCUGUGACCUCAGCGCCGCUUUUCCAAAGUCACCCUUUUCGGUUGGGUGCCACGCCACGGCGGGGGUCAGGGGGUGAAGCGGGGAGGGAGGAGGGGCCGGGGUCAGGACAGGCCGACCGGGACAGAACAGCAACACCCAACACCUUUACUGAAGACGAAGAACUGAAGACACAAAUGUUGGAAUAACCUAUAUUUUCUUAAACAUUUUUAUUUGGGAAUUUGAGGGCGGGGGUGUAAGUAAGCGUAUGGGUAGAAGUUUAAAAACAAGUCUUUUUACUUUCUUUUUUUUUUUGAGCUUGUACAUAUGUUCCAUGGCAUUUGUUGAUCUAAAUUAAAUGGUUGUUUUCUUUAUUUUUACUCCACUCCAGUCGUCGUGGAAAAGCACAACAUUAUCGUUGGUGCAAUAAUAUCAUCGUCGCCAUUUUUAAGUCAUGCAGGCUUCGUGAAGGCUGACCUGGAACUUAUUCUGUAGCAAAAAGCUACUUUGCAUCUUUUAUCCUCAGUGCCUAGAAAUAGAAAGACAGAGCAGUCAUCUUGGAAGGAAGAAAGAUUUUCCAAAUAACAUCAAUACUCUUAAGAUGUGUUCAGAAUACGGUCGUACUUCAGUUUUCACACGCCGCACUUUGCUCUCCAUUCGGUUUUCAACAGACAAUUUGGACAAAACUGCGCCCAGGUUUUGGUUUUCGCUCGGCCAAAGUCGCACGUAACAAUCCACUCUUAGCGUUCUGUGUCUCGAUGACUCCGCCUCUUAUGUUUCUUUUGUUGAGUAUGACUUCGAAAUAAGCCACCGCGGGGCCAAAGAAAGUUGCGAGUGCCAGCACUUUGACAAAUAAGGUGAGAAACACUAUUGAAUUUAAGAAAACUGGUAGCAAAGUACAAAUCUCCCUCUGCUCUUUGAGUCUUCAAUAAAUGUUAAUGGUAAAUGUUCAUUUCUAUAAAUUUCACAUUGUUUUCUUCAUGUAGAACAUAAUUAAUCUAUUAAAUGGGUUUUGUGUCCAUAUUGUCUGGAACAAAUUAAUUGGUUUAACUUUUUUUUUCCAGUUUUUUUGUACAGUUGGAGCAGAUUACGAAAUACUUAAAUAAUAAAAACUGAAGUACCACCGUACAUAAAUAAAAAAAUUAAAGUUCCACUGUACUUGAAUAAGGAAAACUAAAGUUCCCCCAUGCUUUAAUAUUGAAAAUUGAAGUUGUACUUGGAGAAAAACUCCCUACGGUUUGUGUUCUAGGUCACCAACAAGUUUGAAGUCUCGUAAUUCUUAAAAAAAAAACUUUGAACUUUAUUUUCAGCAUGGCCCCAAUUCUCUGUAUUGUUGGAUUUUAUUUUGAAAGUAUGCCAGGGGACAAAAAAAACUAACUCAUUUUGUGGCGAUACAACACAUGUAUUAUAUUAACACGCAAAAAAAAAAACAUGUGUGCUAAGUUCUAACAUGGGACCACUUUCCAGUUUUGGGAGUCCUCUGCAGAGUUUGACCCUGAACCCAAAUGAUCUCCACUGUGAUGCAAAGUGAAAGAAUUAUCUUCUCGGCGCCAUGUUUUGUGUUCCUGGGAUGUUUUGUGUACUUCCUGCACAUGUAACUUGUUGUGUCGUCACGCCCCACAAUUUGAUGUCUUUUAUUUGAAGCCAAAAAGCGGACUUGUGGAGGCGGAGGGACUGCUUGCCAGUUGUAUCAUGUCCCUUAGAGGCCCAGAGACAUUUGACAUAUCAGCCCACACAUGACGACAAGAUGGAUGCCGUUUCCAAAUGGGUCAUCUCAGAGGAACGGGGACGACAAUUAAAAAGUCAUUUUACAGGAUUUUGUUGUGCCUGCU